GGACCACCCACAGCGUCGCUAAUGGCGGAAGAGCCAUCCUCCCCUCCUCUCCUCCAUCCUUCUCGUGCCUCUCUAAGGUGGCAGAUCCUCCGCCGUGCUCUGCUCUCUCGCACCUCUCACACUCCUGCUCCUUCAGAGCUCGGUGGUGAUUCAUCACGAUUCAACACCAAAAACAUAUCUAGGAAGGUUGCUGGUGGCUUUAAGUUAAUUCCAUGCGUUCCUCUGAAUGGCCAUCUCGAAGAAAAUCAAUGCAACCAGAGAGAUGCAUUUGUUUGCUAUCAGUUGCCUGUUGAAGGAAAUCCAAAAGUCACUUUGGUCCACAGGACAGAAGACAGCAUUGACUUCCGCGAUUUUGAUAUUUCUACUAGAUAUGAUAUUGAUACCACAGGCCUUAUUUGUUCUUGGCCCUCAGAAGAAGUCUUGGCAUAUUUUUGCAUGAACCAUGGUGGGAUUUUUAGAUCAAAACGAGUGCUUGAACUUGGAUCAGGAUUUGGGUUAGCUGGUAUGGUAGUUGCUGCAACCACAGAUGCCUGUGAAGUAGUAAUAUCUGAUGGUAAUCCAGAAGUUGUCAACUAUAUUAAGCGUAAUAUCUAUCUCAAUUCUGGAAUUUAUGGAGAUACAGAAGUACAGCCACUGGCAUUGCAUUGGAAUCAGGAGCAUGCUUCGAAUAUGUUGAAUAGCUUUGAUAUCAUCAUUGCAAGUGAUUGCACUUUCUUCAAGGAUUUUCAUGAAAGCCUGGCAAAUACUAUCAAAUUGCUGUUGAAAAAUUCAGAAGAUUCUGAGGCCAUCUUCUUCAGCCCCAGAAGAGGUAAUUCCUUGGACAGAUUUCUGGAGAAAAUCAAGGAGACAGGAUUGGAGUUUUUGUUGGUUGAGAAUUAUGAUGACAAGGUAUCAAGUCUUCAUCAAAAGUUUUUGAAUGGUGAUGAUACAUCAUGGCCCAAUUAUGAGAAAGAUCAUUGCUACCCAAUAAUGAUUAGAAUUGGUUUCAAUAGAUUUCUGGUAUAGAGAUACGGUUUCAGAUUACAUUUUACAGUUUUCAAGUAAGGUGUUCUUUGUCGCCAUUUUUGUUGUAUUACAUCAACUAAGAACAUCUUCAUAACCAUGUGUAUAAACUAUAAAGUUAUGGAUCGUGCUUCUUCAAAUAUUCCCGUUUUACAUCUGAUAAUUUUCAGAUCAUAUUGAUUUGUACAUUGGCCAAUGCCUGCAAUUUUCCUCCGAGUUUCACUAUGUACUGAUAUAAUGGUAUUUAUUUUUUUUCCCAUACUGAGUUCUAUCUCUAAGAUAUGCCCAUGCCGUUACUAAAUUUCCAAAUGAAUCUGGUGCUAUUUACUUGAAAUAUAUGUGAGCUUUUGCCUUAGAGACUGCUAGGUAUCGUGCCAGAAGGUGCUUCCAGAUAAGAUGUUUUCUCAGAGCUUCCAUUCCAAGUCUAGGCUUCCAAUAAGAUGAUACAGCUCCCCUGCCACUGCAUUUCUAUGGAGGUCUUCCAUAGAAACAAUAUGCAUCUGUUGGAGGCUGAUACUUUUUGUUGUCAAAACACUGAACUGCGGAAAGUAAGAUGGAAAAUAUUAUAAACAGGUAAUUAGCCAGGAGUGGUUGAGUAAUGUGAUGUGUGCCUUUUUUUCCUUUCGGCUAAUAUACUUAAUCAGGGGAAGAAAAUUUGAGUUCUUGUGGGGCAUAUGAUCUUAUUUCUAAUGCUAGGUUGGAUGGAUUUCAUAGACAGCAGUUGGGGCUCAAAGGUCCAUUUAUCAUAUUCAUACCUAAUGGAGGCCAUAUGCAAUGAAAAUUCUCUGGUGGGAAUCUAAUCCAACUAAUAGAUAAUGUUGAUUAUGGCUUUAAUUUAGCAAGAUAUGAGUCAUAUGACUGGUGUUGCAUCUCUGGCUUAAAGUUGUCCUUACUCCUUACAUUCAUUAUCAUGUGCUCAUUUCUGUUGUUGAGCAGCUUCUUUUCCUUUGGGACCUUUUGAUUGACAUUGCAAAUUUUGUUGUGAACUUUGUGCUUUGUCAUCUUUGGCAUUAAUUGCAAGCAAUGUUGUCAGCUUUGUGCUUUGUCAUCUUUGGCAUUAAUUGUUUUCUUUGCAUGUAUUGAAUGUAUCUCCUCUGAGAUUGUAUCCUACUUACAAAUACUUAUUUAUUGCCAGGUACAAUACCAGAUAGAUCAGAGGUGGAUUCUUUAUCACCUUCUGCAAAGUUCUAGCAGGGUCAAGCACCACCACAAGACAAACUACCAGUGAAUUGGAGAAUGAGAAUCAAAAGACUCUUUUUCUCUAUCUCUUUCUCUUUUUUAUUCUUUGUCUCUUGCCUUUAUCUUUUGCUCAUCCAUCUUUUGAUCAGGCCUUGGGCAAACAUGGUUGCAAACUUUAGCCAAAAGCUUGAAAACAAUUGAUUGCUUUAGUGUGGUCCACUUUAUUCCAGGAAUAAAACCUUAUACUUCAGCCAAGGAACCUUGUAGUUGUUGUAUUGUGAUGCCUAUUCAUCAUGUUGAAAUGCAUUGAUGGACACCAAUUGCCCUUAAUUCA